AACAUAAAGGUGACAUAUUUUUAAAGCUGUUUUUAAUGCAGGCGAAACAGACAAUCUAUUUUAUUAUGCAUGUAAUAGUUUAUUGAUCGUACAAUGCGUGGCCUUGUUAAUCAUUCAUAGUAUUCUAGUAAUUACAAGGCCUCCAAUUGCCCAGGACAGAGAGUUAAAUGUGACUUAUCUUUUGCUACAUGCACAGCAAACUUUGCUCGAUGUUCAACGGUGGGCUGGGAUUUGACUUUUUGUAAUAGUCACCUCUAUUUCCACAGUGCUCUUCAGGAAAGUCACCUGAAAACUACAUGAAAACUGCCUUGGAAGGAUUUGUGUUAUAAAUGUUUUAUAAUGCAGAUAAAUGCAUUAUAGAUUUGUAACAUUUAUACUUGUGUGUUUAUGUAUACAUAUGAUUAAUUUUGUUUAUAUUAUUAGCUGCACACUUACAAAUCAAGAUGCUUAAAAGGUUCUUCACAGAAAUGGCAUACAAGAAUAAUUUUCAGUUCCUCAAAGAACCAUUUAGUCAAAGGUUCCUACUAUUUCUUUCAUACUUCUGUUAUAUCUAAAGAAGAGUUCUUUGUGGAACCAUUCAGCCAAAAAUGGUUCUUCUAUGGCAUUGUGAAUCACCUUUAUUUAUAGUGUGGUUGUGUUAGUGUUGUCUUAUUACAAGUAGUAAGUUGUAUUUACUCAUUUGUUCAUAGUAUAACUAAGGAAAAUGUUGCAUUGUGUAGAGAAACUUAAUGCAAGCAUUUUAAAGCAAGAAACUGAUUCAGUCUGGUAUUGUUUAAACAAAAAGAAUAUAAAACAAGUGCUGGUUAUUACAUAAAUGGACAUUUCAACAACCACAGACACUUUUAUGUUCCAUUCAGAGCCAUGUAAAUAUUAAUAAUAAUAAUAUUAUAGGAAGAAAACAAAUAAAAUGUCACAUUUACUUUUUUUAAAUAUUGUAUAUAUAUUUUAUAGUUUAACACUUUUAAUUCUAAAUUAUAUGAAGACAAAAGAGAAAAAAAAUAAUCUUAAACACUAUUUCAAUAUUGUAUUAAAAUGGUUUGUAUCAGUUUUUAUGUCCCUUAGUUCAUUUUCACCUCCAGUUCAUUUAUUGAUAAACCAAUAACUUUGACCUCUAAUGUAAUCUUUUGUGUACUUGAUAACAAAAAGACAACAGUGUCAGUAAAGAACGUAUUGGGGUGAAAUAUGGUUUGUAAAGGAAACAACAAAGUAGUAAAUAUGCCACGACAAAGAUUGUGCCAUUUUUUUAACAAACAAAAUACUUGAUGAAAAUGAUUUCAAUCUUUGACAUGACCUUACUCAGUCAAUAUUUAAGAUAUCAAUAAUGUUGUAUAUCCACAGAUUGUUCUUUACAUUACGUAGAAUGAUUUUCUAUACCAAACAGUAAAUCACAAAUAAAAUGACUUGAGCUGUGUUUUAUUUUCACAAACUGGGUCAUAAAUAGUAAUUUGAAAAAACAUCAAUACUUGCAUAAAGUAAGGUGUGAAAAGAAAAUGGAAAUUUGGUAUAUUAGGGUAGUCCCAUUUAAAGGGAUAGUUCACCCCCCCAAAAAAAUUCUGUCAUCGUUUUCUCAUCCUCAUGUUGUUGUAAACCUGUAUGAAUUUCUUUUCCUUUUUUUCUUUUUUGAUUAACACAAAAGAAGAUAUUUUGAUAAAUGAUGGAAAGCAUACAGUUGAUUGUACCCAUUGACUUCCAUAGAAGGAACCACAAAUAUGAUGGAAUCCAAUGGGUACCGUGAUCAUUUAUCAAAAAAUCUUCUGUUGUGUUCAUCAGAAAAAAGAAAUUCAUACUGGUUUAGAACAACAUGAGGACGAGAAAACAAUGACAAAAUGUUCAUGUUUGAGUGACUCAUGCGCAUAUGUGACUAAAAUGUAAACUUAUUUCAGUACUAAAGACAAAAGUUUUGAUGUUUGGGGACAUCCCCUUCUCAAGAUACAUAUUUACAUACUGGGCUUAUAAAAUGUUGCCUGCUAUGUAAGUUCAGUAAACUCUCAACACCUCAGCAGAAGAUGAUUCUCUAUGUAUGGCUGCUGCUUUACAUUGUUUCUCAUGCUGAGGGAAAAUGUGCAAAACAUUUUUAUUACGAUGGACUUCUCGAGGAAUGUCAGCAUUGCUCCAUUAGAUGCAACUCUCCACCCAGUAUUUGCACAACAUACUGUACCUCAAUACCAGAAAAUGAAGUUGAAAAGAGCCAAAAUAUACGUUUUAUUUUGAUCAUAUUUUUUGGGUUCCUGGGAGCUUUCAUGGCACUGACCAUUAUUUUGAGAGUUAUACGCAGAAAAACCUGUAAGCCCAUUGUCAUCAAAAAAGUAUUAGGUCAAGAACAAAAGACAUCUGUGAGAGAGAGAAGCUCGGCUGUCACAGAUCAAUCUGAAGAUGCAGAUGAAGCUACGACUGACCAAAGAUCACCUAAUGAGCGAUUGAAUCAACAUCACUACAACUCCAACCUUCCUCUUCCUUCCACUGAAGAAGGCACAACGUUGCUGGUUACCACUAAGACUGUGCAAGCUUACCACUGUACACCUGUCACAUAGAGAAAAGAUAAACUUGGCAACUCCAGUGCCAUUAGUUGUUAAGAUGGCACCAUGUGCAGUACAGUAGACCAUGAAUCUGUUGUAAGCAGGUUGUAUGUGCUUAUGUGCUUAUUAUGGACACAUUAUUGUUGUCUAAUGAACUAAACAAAUGAAUAGAGCAUUUGGCUAGUUAACUGCAGUCUUAUAUGUUUAAAUGUACUAAUCUGUGAUGUAAGACUUUAAGGGGCAGUUUCCUGGACAGGGUUUAUCCUAGACUAAAAUGCAUGUUUGAGCUGCCUUAAUUUUAAAACACUUUGUACAGACAUAUCUUAAAAUAGAUCAGUGCCAUUGUUUUUGAUGCACACCAGUAUUGUUUUUUUAUAAGAUUUGUUUGUAAAAACUACUUAAAUGUCCUAAUAUAACUGAGGCCUAGUCCUGGAUUAAGCUAAACCCUGCCUGGGAAACUGCCCCAAAAAGUUUUAAAAACCUUGUCCAACAGUCUUAUUUGAUUCCGUUUUUUUUAUACUUUUUUUAUUGAACCUGGAAAGGUGUUUUUUAUAAUAUUAAAAUAUA